AUGUUGCAAGAGUAUCAUCGUCGAAUAAAACAUAAGCCUUUUGCACCAAUAUUGAAAGAUCAAAGUUUAAAACAAUGGAGAAGUGAUCUUUCUAUGCAAACAAAUAUUUCACUUUUAUCUAUUUCAAAUUCAUCAAAAAGUAAUCAAAAUAACGAACAAUAUUCAAUUGAUAGAGAUUCAUCAAGCUCUCAAGAAAGUAUUUCUUCUCUACCGGAUGAAUAUCGAGCUAAACAUAUAGAUCUUGAUCCGUAUAUUCUUAAUAAACAUUUAAAUAGAAUACCAAGUACUAUUAGUAAUUUAGUUGAGAAAGAUAUUGAUGCAUCUCUCACUAUUUUAUCUAAUGAUAAUAAAUUAUCAUAUCAAUGGCAACAUAACAGUUAUGAUCCACGUUCAAUCCAACCACCGCCAUUCAUUGAAUAUUUACAACAAUUUCGAAAACCAAAAAUAGAAAUAAAACCAAUUCAGCAUCGACCAACUCUUUUACCAGUUCGAACAACAAAAUCUGAACAACUUAAACUAGCACGACUAAAAUCAACUCUUGAAAAUAUUUCUAUUCAAUCUUCUCCUAGACUAAUACAACAUAAAACUUCUGCUAAUUCACAAAGACAUGAAUUAAUAACACCUUCAAUAAAUCAUAUUUCACAUUCACGAACUAAUAGUACCAGUAGUAGCUUUCACCGAUUAAAAUCAGCUCAAGCAUGUAAAGUUGCUCUUAAAUCAAGUGCUCCUUUACAUUUUUCAUCAUUGCUUAUUAAACAAAUGCAAGAAGAUAUUCAAAAUGAUAGAGUUCCAAGAUAUUCUAAACGAUUAAAUAGUGCACUUCUUCGUGAACAAACAGAUACAUCACUCAGUUAUGAUUAUAAAAUGAAACGUGUUCAUCAUUGGCUUGAAAAACUCAUUUCAACAGAUCAUAUUGAAUCUAAUGAAAAUAUAUCAAAUGAAAGUACACUUGGAACAAAUGUCGAUGAUAAACAUGAUUUGUUUUUCAAUGAAAAAUUAUCAGAUAAUACUGAAAGAACAUAUGCUGAAGCUCAUCGUGUAUUACCAAUAUUUGAAACAGAAGUUAAUCACAAAAUGGAACAAUAUAAUUUAUUAUUAACUCGUCUUGAAUUGGAUCUCUAUGUCAUAUGA